CUUUUUUGUCAAGGGCAUAUUGUUUUCUUUUCAGCAUUUUUAAACUAAUCAGUUCUUUGGGAACCGCCUGAUCAGAAUGUCCACAAACGGAAUAAGCAUGGCUCUAAAGCUUCAGUUUGGACUUAUUAAUUCUGAAAAUCGUUACCUCACAGCAGAGGCAUUUGGGUUCAAGGUAAAUGCAUCUGGAACAAGCAUGAAGAAGAAACAGAUCUGGACCCUGGAGCAAGACCAGGACAGCCAGGUGGUUUUCUUGCGCAGUCACCUCGGACGCUAUCUGGCCUCGGAUAAAGAUGGCAAGGUAAGCUGUGAGGAGGAAGUGCCAAAUACAGACUGCCGUUUCAUGAUUGUGAUGCAGUCAGAUGGACGCUGGGCCUUGCAGUCUGUGCCAUACUUGCGUUAUUUUGGAGGCUCUGCAGAAUAUCUGUCCUGUUUUGCCCAGACCAUUGGAGAGUCUGAGCUAUGGGCCAUGCAUCUUGCCCUUCACCCACAGGCCAACCUGCUAAGUGUGGGCCGCAAGCGCUACGCUCACCUGUCCAUUGCAGACGACGAGCUCUCUAUGGACAGCAACAUCCCCUGGGGUGUGGACUCCCUGAUCACCUUGGUCUACAUGGAUGGGAAGUACAGUCUGAAGACCUGUGACAACCGAUUUCUCAGCAAUGAUGGCAAGCUGGUAAUGGAGAAUGGGCCUAACACCAGUUUCACCCUGGAGCUCAAGUCUGGCAAGCUGGCCUUUAAGGACUGUGGGGGCAAGUACCUCUCACCAACGGGCCCCACGGGCACCCUGAAGUCUGGCCGCUGUUCAAGACCAGGGAAAGACGAGCUGUUUGAACUGGAAGAGAGCCACCCACAAGUUGUUUUCCAGGCAGCCAACAAAAGAUAUGUGUCUAUUCGUCAAGGUGUUAGCAUCUCAGCUAAUCAGGAUGAUGAGACAGACAUGGAGACAUUUCAGAUGGAGAUUGACAAGGAGACUAAGAAGUGCAUGUUCAGAACCAGCGGCGGAAAUUACUGGACACUCGUUACUCAUGGAGGGAUUCUGUCUUCAGCCACAGAAGUAGAAGAAAACACCAUGUUUGACAUUGAGUGGUUGGGCAGACGAGUCGCUUUGAGGGCAAACAAUGGAAAAUAUGUCUGCACAAAGAAAAAUGGACAGCUUGCUGCUGUGAGCGAUUCUUUGGGGGAGGACGAGCAGUUUGUGCUAAAGCUGAUUAAUCGUCCAAUCCUGGUCUUGCGUGGGGAGAACGGCUUUGUGUGUCACCACAAAAAUUCCAAUACACUGGACGCCAGUCGCUCUGUUUAUGACAUCUUCUCAUUGCUUUUCAGUGAUGGCGCAUACCAUAUAAAAAGUGGAAAUGAAAAGUUUUGGUAUGUCUCCGGUAGUGGUCUGGUGUGCACAGAUGGGGACAAACCUGAGGAUUUCUUCUUUGAGUUUGCGGAGUAUGGACGGGUUGGCAUCAAGGGUCAGAAUGGCAAGUACCUGCGUGGAGACCAGGGAGGGACGCUGAUGGGUGACGGGUGCAGCGUGGACGCCUCUUCCCUGUGGGAGCACUGAGUGCUGUAACCAACCAGAGACACAAAUACAGACUCAAUGAGAAACAAUAAGUUCUCAUACUGACACCUGUUAAACUAAUGACUUUUCAGGAGAACGUUGUUCAUUCAUUUUCUUUCUUCAGUCUUUUUUGUGAGUGAGUGAAAUAUCUGUGGUAAAUGUUAGUGUCACCCUUUGAUUCAUCAGAAAAAUACAAUUUACAAGUUUAAAGAUGCUCUAUUUGAGGAAGGGUUUUUAACACCUUAUGAAUUGAAUUUUGACAAAUGUGUUUGACAGUAGAAAGUCUCCCUGGACUUAAAAAUUAUAUUUCUAAAAUGGCGAUGUUACAUCAGUCAUAUAAGCCAGCGAACUGUCUGAAAUAUUGACAUUUUAAAUCUCUAAACAUAUGAAAAGCUUAUAGGUUUUCAAAUAAACAUUAUUUAACACAA